AUGGACGACAAGAUGGAGGUGCGGGAGUGGCCAUGGCCCGAAGACGUCGACGGCAUCGCAGGCGGGGAGGGAGAGGAGGUCGCGCCGCCGGUGCGCAAUGACUUUCCCGGCGCAGAGUACCAGGCCGAAGCUGUCGGCGUCCCCGUCAUCGUUCCCGAACUCCCACCAUCACCAGCACUCGGAGGAACAGAAGAGGUCGCGCACAUCCUCCAGUCUACCGAUCCAUACGCUCCGAACUACGUCCCACCAGCGGGAACGUCCGCUGGUCCUGUCGAGCACGUCACAAAGCAGGCGGCGGCCACAGCUUCAGGAGCGGCGUCCGGAUCGCCCAGCGCACAGAUGGACACCCCGACGGGGCCGGCGGUGCCCUCUGUUCGCACUACGACAACCAUUGCUCCGACCCCCACAGUGCUGCCGCCUAUGGCGUCCGACGGGUCUUCGCUCAGCCCUCCCAACAAACCCGUCGGCACUCGAACAGUCGAGUUCAUCACUGUCACAGCCACCCCGACUGUCCUUCCGUCCGCUAUCUCCGCCGCCUCCAGCUCGUCCAGCACGCCCGUCGGCGCGAUUGUGGGCGGCGUCCUCGGCGCCCUCGCCCUUCUCAUCCUCCUGGGAGCAGGAUUCUUGUUCUUCCGCCGGAGGAGACGACGCUAUGCCCCCCUCAAGCCUCUGCCAAGGGAAGCCCGACCCCUCGUGCAGCCUUUCGAACCCUUAAGUCCGGUCAGCGGUGCGGGAACAGGAGUGCGCAAGAGUAUGACGGACACAGUGCUGGUCCCAACUGAACGGAGCGCGGGCUUCGCGGGCGCGCCACGCGCGAGGGAUUCGAUGGACAUUAGCCAGCUGAACCAGGCGAAUCUCCUCGAGGUUGCGGAGAGGGAGCAGAGGGCGGAGAUGCAGGGUGCCGAGCUGGAGACGCCCGGCGCAGGGCCGAGCAGAACGACAGGGAGCGGGUCCUCGGAACGUCGCUACGACCCGCCCGCGUAUGCCAGUUGGCCACAAUAG